AUGAAGGCCAACGACGUCCCGGAGCUCCUUUACCGCACCGUCCUCACCCUAAUCGACUACCACGAAGACCCUUGGGGUGCUACGCGCUCCGUCUAUGUCCUUGGCACGCACAACGCUCUCAAAGCCGCCAAAGCCUUUGCAACCUCAGCCCUUCAGGGACUCAACUAUGAGCCAGAUGGUUUUACCGAGUAUGCUGUGCGCUCAUCCGAGCCGUGGGAACACGGGGAUGGCGUCCUCGUCUUCGCCCGGGCGCCUGCGGGGCAGGAAUUUCUCAUCGAAAUCGACACCACCCUGAACAACGAGUCACUAUUGGCAAGCCCGGACGGCACCGUAGUCAUCCCUCAGGGGAGCGACCGGUUGCACUACGUGCUGCAGACGACAAUCGACUACAAUUUGGACCGCACGUGCUCCGUGCCGUCGACAAAGAUUCAGGGGACCGUGCGUGAGAGUGAGGAGAUCGCCAACGAGUGGCCGUUUGGCGAGGGCAUGGUCGCGCAUGCCGUUCCGAAGACGCGACCGAAUUACGUUAUGACAGUAAGGACUGUUCCCGGAACACACAAGAGGCAUGGGAAAAAGGUGAAACAGUGA